UAAAGCACGGGCAAAGAUGGGGCCAAUUUGGCUUCCUCAUCUAGAGUAGAAGGGCUGGACCCACUUUCCCGAGCAGUUUUUCCGGAGGUUUUCAAACUUCGGAGUUGCGAGUUGAAAAUUGGGAGCCCUGUGGCUUGCGAUUCGUGCCGCGGUCGGUUUCAACCUUCGACUAGUACUAGUAGGAGGGCCAACUAACGGUGCCUGCAAAUUCCUCAAAAAAUGGUCGCUUUCAAUCCCCAUGGUCAGCGAGCUUUGUAUCGCGACCUUUUCUCAGCCACCUAAAUAGCCAACGACGACGAGAAUUUAUUCAGUAACGACGGUCUCAGAGCUCCAAAGAAAAGAAGGAAAAAGAAGAAGAGGAGGAGGAGGAGCGAGGUUAUUAUCUGAAGCCUUGAUUGCUGCAAAACGAAAGUGCAAUUGUAAGAAGAGAACUCAGAAGAUUAGACAAUAACUGCCAAGUGACAUGAGCUGUAGCUGCUUUGGUGCCUCAGUUGCACGCCGGAAACGGAGAGAUCCUCACGAUCAUCAAGACUUAGAAGGGCAACCAUUUGAGAACAUAAAGACUUUCUCAUACAAUGAAUUGGGAACUGCAACUGAUAAUUUUCAUCCAAGGAAUAAGAUAGGUAGAGGAGGUUUUGGAACAGUUUACAAGGGAAUCCUCAAAGAUGGCAGAGAAGUUGCAGUGAAAACACUUUCGGCUGAAUCAAAGCAGGGCCUGCGCGAGUUUUUGGCGGAGAUAACUACAAUAUCAAAUGUUAAACAUCCAAAUCUUGUUGAGUUAAUUGGAUGCUGUGCUCAAGGAACUAAUCGAGCUUUAGUGUAUGAAUAUCUAGAAAAUAACAGCCUUGAUCAUGCAUUAUUAGGUUCAAAGAGAAAUGCACAACUGGACUGGAGAAUAAGAUCUGCUAUCUGUAUAGGCGCUGCUAGGGGUCUUGCUUAUCUUCAUGAAGAACUUCUGCCCCAUAUAGUGCAUAGGGACAUCAAAGCUAGCAAUAUACUUCUUGAUCAAGAUUUCACUCCAAAAAUUGGGGAUUUUGGGUUGGCUAAACUUUUCCCAGAUAAUGUCACACAUAUUAGCACAAAAAUAGCGGGAACAACUGGUUAUCUAGCGCCUGAGUAUGUAUUGGGUGGUCAAUUAACAAUGAAGGCAGAUGUUUACAGUUUUGGUAUCCUCAUUCUUGAAAUAGUAAGUGGCAAAAGCAGUUCAAAGGCAAAUUGUGGAGGAAUGGAAAAAUUUCUACUAGAAUGGGCAUGGCAGCUUUAUGAAGAAGGGAAACUCUUAGAGCUAGUGGACCCGGAGCUGGAUGAUUUUCCCAAGGAAGAAGUCCUUAAGUACAUGAAGGUAGCCUUUUUCUGCGCACAAGCAGCAGCCAACCAAAGGCCAAUGAUGAGCCAGGUUGUUGACAUGCUUUCAAGAGACAUCCGGCUCAAUGAGAAGCAACUUAAAGCCCCAGGUUUCUUCCGAGAUUCUGGCGGGCUAAGCGCUUUUCCUUCUUCAAAUAUAAAUAAGUCACAUGAAAGCUCUAGUACCUAUCAAAUGAGUUCUGUUCCCACCACUAUCACAGAGGUGAUCCCUCGAUGAAACUUGGUCGGUCUAUGUUUCCGGGCGGCCCUACAAAUAUUAUGCCUCACUUCAACAGCAAGACAGCUAAAAGCCAUGAGAAAAGAGCAAGGCUUGUUUCUUUUCUUCACCUUCCCCCUCAUAUUUUGUUUCGCCGUUUUCUUCUUUUUGAGUUUUGAGAUUUUUGGUAGGAAUUUUUUAGGUGAUUGGCAUGUAGCAUUCUUGGGGAAGAAAUUCCUAUUUAUUGCUUCAAGAUACAAUAGAGACAAAAAAAUGAGAAAUGAUCAUUGGAUUGGCAGA